AGUCGAGAAGGUACGAGGAGGCAGGUUAGCCUCCUUAUCAUUAGAGACAGCUAUCACCAAUCGGCCUAACUUAUCAGCGGCUAAUGUAAGCAUGUUGGAGACUGUACGGCCAGGCGGGAUGUCGACCAACAAGCAAAAAAUUAUAACGGAUGACAGCAUGUCCGACGACGUGUUCGAGACGGAGGAAGCGGGCCUCCGCGCGGCCGACCCGGUGAAGAGGGAGCCCAGCCCCACGGGGUACAGGGGCUACACCCCCGACCCGGGGCUCCUGGCCCCACUGCCCAGCCCGGACACCGACGUACCUCACAAGACGAUCCUGCUUGGAGACUCAGGAGUGGGAAAGACUUCGCUGCUGGUCCAGUUCGACACGGGCAAAUUCCAGACUGGCACGUUCUCAGCCACCGUUGGAAUUGGUUUCACGAAUAAGGUAGUGUGUGUUGAUGAUUCUAAAGUUAAACUUCAAAUUUGGGAUACCGCUGGACAAGAGCGUUUCAGGAGUGUCACUCAUGCUUAUUACAGGGAUGCUCAUGCUCUGUUACUUUUAUAUGAUGUUACUAAUAAAACCAGCUUCGACAAUAUUAGAGCAUGGCUCGUUGAAAUAAGGGAGUAUGCCCAGGAUGACGUAGUAAUCAUGUUGCUAGGUAACAAAGCUGAUUGCCAGAGUUCAGAAAGAAUGGUAAGGAGAGAAGAUGGUGAAAGGUUAGCAAGAGAACACUCAGUUGCAUUUAUGGAAACGUCAGCCAAAACAGGGCAGAAUGUUGAACUGGCUUUUAUGGCAAUAGCUAGGGAAUUAAAAGCAAGGAAGAAUGCUGCACAUAACAAAUCUUCCUUUAAUGUUCAAGAUUACGUAAGGGAACAUACACAAAAAGCUUCUUGCCAAGCGUGCAGCUCAUAGAUAACUGAUCAAUAGUCAUGCCUUAUGUAAGAUUGCAACUCAACAUGACACAAGCAAACUACACUUCACGAUUCUUGACUGCCAAUUCACACAAGAAACAAAAAUCAAACUAAUAAUCAUAUGCUUUGGCUCAUAUUUUUUAUGAUAGUAAAGUUAGUUUUCUAUGAGUACUGUAAUACUACAUGCUGUUCUUAACCUACGGCAUAGAAUUAAAUAGUUUUGAAUUUUUUAAAAUAGAUUUUGAAUAUUUUGGACCAUUGUAAGUAUUAAAAAACACACAAAAUUUCUCGAAACACAAGUGAUAAUAAAUUACAAAUAUUUCAUACCUUGUGACUUUGAAGAAGGUUAUUGACAAUAUUUUGUUAGAAGGCAAUGACCUUAAGUUAAUCGUGUAGAAUAUAUGUUUUAUUUUUUAGUAACGGAAAAUAUUUAUUAGAAUUAUAUUGAUGUACAUUACUGGUAUAAAUUACUUUUUCACACGAUGUAUUCUUGUAUUUAGAAUAUUUUUAUUAUGUGAAGAAAUUUUAUGAAUAGUGAAAGUAGUGCUCCCAAAUAAUGUCUCGACCCAGUAUUGCUUAUGAACCUAUAUGCGAAUAUGUAUUUAAAAGAACUGUCAAUUUCUCUAAGAGCUUUUGCUGUAAGUUUGGCAUAUCUAAAUGUAUUUAAUGUUGUGCUAUGUUAAAGACAGAGUAUUUAUGGAUGUUAAAAUUGAUGUUAAAUUUAACAUAUUUUAGUCAUAAAGAUUAAUAUAUAAAAUAAGAGAAGUAUUGUUGUCUAAUGUUUGCAAUAUGUUCACUUUUCAUUAUAGUAAUAAAUCAGCCAAAAUUUAAAUGUUAAAAGACAUUUGGGCAAUCACUUUCACACAAUUUGGGUUUAGCUCGAUGUAUGAAAUAAUUUAGAUAUACAUAUAUGUGUGACAAUGUUUUGCAAUGCUAGUGAACUCCCUUUAAAUAUUUUAAACUAAAUAAUUGUUUGAUGAAAAAUCAUAUUUUGUUGUUAUUUAUUUAUUUUUUUAAAUUUCAUAACAGGAAAUUUUCAUGUUAAUUUUUUUCUAUUCUAUCUGAUUUUUAUUCUAUUAAUUGAAUAUUUUAUUUUAUAUACAGAAUAGUAUAUCAGUUUUUACCAGCUAUUAGGAAAUCAGCACAGGAAUUCAAUCCUGUAUUCUCAACAUUUAUAUAGCAUCCUAACCACUCGUCUAUCCUUAUACCUCGAAAAUUAAUAAAUUAUUUUUAAUACCUUUAAUAAAUCAAUUGGAUUUGUUAAAUUUAGCAUAUCAUAAAAAAUAUAUAUUUUCUAAUUAACUGUUGACAUAAUUAUACAAUGUAAAUUGUAAUAUCUCCUGGAUUCUUUUCUUAAUAUUUAGAUUAAUAUAAAUAAAUAAACCCAUAGAGGCCAAAAAUUCUCCCGUUUUAUUUUUAUGUCCUCCCAAAUGUUUAUGUCCCACCUUUUAGGAUAUAUGGAGGUUUUCACAGGCCAGAGGAGAAGGCGAGGGAUUAAUGAUAGAGUUAAAAGCUCCCACAGAAUUGGGAUGCGAACUUGUAAUUAUUUUAUCAAGUUAUAAUCUGUUUAUCAGGUUGCCAGGCAACAUGUGUUUUGCACAGGCGUUAGCCCACUCGGCCACCCUGCCCCCUUAAAGUUUCUCCCUUAUUAUUUGCAUUGCUUUCCAUCCUACUUGAUGAGUUAAACCAAGAAGUGUUGACCAGUAGUAGUGUGGAGGGUGCAUCCCUAUUUCCUAACUUCCUCCCUAUAGCCCUAUAAAGUACACUAGGCAACCAUUGAGGACCAGGUUCAUAUUAACCUAGUGCAGUACGCUGCCCAUGAUGGAUUAUAGAUCAUGCAUAAAAUCCCUCAUAUAUACAUAUCCUACAUAUAUAUUUCCCAUAAGGCAGGAGAGAGUGGUAGGUAAAAUAAUUGUGACUUAUUUGUUUGUUUAUUUAUUAGAGAACCUGAUAAUUUCAAGUCUCUCAGAGGAUAAAGACAACAUAUAAUAAAAUAUUAUAUUACUUCAGAAUGUAAAAACUGACUGGUUAAAACUUCUCAGUUGUACUCUACAAUACAGAAUUCUGCAAACUGAAAAUAAUAAAAGUAGUGUUUACAAAAAAAAAUAAUUUUUUUUGUUAACACAUGACUUUGCCAUUAUACUCAUUUAUUCUUUGCUAUUAUUGCCAGAUUGGAUUGGAUACAUCAAUGACUUAAUAAAGAUCUAAAUAAUUCCUUAGGGGUAUUUUCAUAUUAUCUCAUCUUUGCUGCAGUGGCUAGUAUACUUCAACAUAUGAUUUAGAAUAAUACCUAAUUCUUUUGAUUCAAAUAAAUUUGGUCAUUUCUUUACUCAUUUUAACUUUAAUAUUAUGUUCAAUAGAAUUUAGCAUUUCAUAUUAAUGUUUUCAAACUUGUUGGCUUAUGAUCUAGACUGACUUCUCCCACUGAGCCUGAAAGCUCAUCAUAUCAACAUACUCAUAUCAUUUCUGACAGUAAAAUGUUCUGUUUCAUUAUGUGUGUCAGUUAUUAUGUUUCUUUAUUGGUUGUUUCUUAAGAAAUAAUAAACAAUCUGACUAUUAUUAUUGUAAUAAUAAUUGUCAAUGUACUCAAAAUAAACAAUCGCAGAGUAGAUGGCAGUGUUCAUGGCUCUAUAAUGUGAUGGUUAGUGUGAGUAUCAGAUUUUCUAGAUGCAGAAAGGGUGGUUCUUUUUUUGGCCUCUCCAUGUAACAACAAGCAUGCAUAAAAACAAACUUGAAUGUUAUAAUUUUCAUUUUUAGUUCAGAAAUUAUCACAUGAAGAUUUAUUAUUGGUACCGUUAAAGUGAUUUCAUAGAUCUGCUGUCCAAAAACGUUCUACUUUUAAACCAUAUGCUGAUACCACAGAUUUGAAAUAAAAUUAUAUUUGAAUUAUUAACAUUAUUAGAAUUUUAUUUUUUAAUUUUGAACAGGGUUUGUUAAUUUUACUUAUUUAUUUAUUAUAUUUUAUUAUUAUCUUCAAAACAAAUGCAUACUACUAUUGAAAUAAAAUGAUUCAAUUACAUUGUUUACAUAGUGAAACACAUCUGUAAUAUGUAAAUGAAACACUUUAAACUUUGUCAAUGAAAUACUAAUUAAUUCAGACAAAACUAUAACAUAACAAUUAUUGUCUUCAUCACUGUAAAAAUUAUCAACACUUUUCAUCAUUAGUUGAUGUUCUUUAAUAAAAUGUAAAAAAAUAUUUUCUAACCAAUCAUUUAUGUUAUGAUAGUUUUAAAUAUCCAGUUGUAUUUAUUAUUUUAUAUUUUGUAAUAGACUGAUUCUUUAAAUAUCCUAGAAUAAGUGACAUAAAUUGUUUAAAAGAAGUGUCAUAUCAUUGGCCAUUAUUUAAAUACAAUAUUAUUUAAUAAUCAAUUACAUUUUAUUUAUUAUUGAUUAUUAUUUAUUAUUGAUUAUUAUUUAUUCUUAUUGAUUAUUAUUUAAGUAUUAUAUGUUAAAAAUGAGACCAUCUUACCUUAAAUCAUUUAGUUUUUUUUUACUAUUACUGUUAUAUUUAGAGUUAUGGAUAUUUUAUUAAUUGCUCUGUGCUAAUUAAGAGAUUGAUGUUCGUAAAUUUAUUACUUCGAUAAAAUUAUUAUUAUUAUUUAUUUUUUUUUUGUUUGUACUUUAUAGGAAAUAUAAAGUUUUAUUUCAUUCUGAUUGAAUAUUUAGUGGUUGACCGUUGUGUAUUUUAGAGGAAGGAGUUGGGGUGGGGUUCAUAAUGAUUUUAUUUUAUUAAUUUAUUUUGGAUAGUAUCUAAGUUAUUCUCAAAUUUUAAAUUAAGGUAAUAGACAUCUGAUUUUUAUUUCUUAUCUAUGAAAAAAUUGGAUCAAUUCUAGCUGUAUGCUAAAACUUAUUCUCUUUUUUUAAGCAAUGUAAACCAGUAAUUUUUUAUUUAUUUUGCAAUUGUUCCUAAAAUGUAGAAUUAUAUAUUUUCAGGCAAGUAACUUUUUUUCCUUCAAAGUUAUAUUUAUUUUCCCAAUUAGAUUCUUUGAUAAGUGUUAUUGAUUUAUUCAGUAGAAACAAAUUUAAAUCACUGUGUUAAGCUAACAAUCUUAUUAUCAGUAUUUAUGUAUUAUCAAAUACGUGUAAGCAUGUUAUCAAAUAUGUGCAUAUAUAUUUUUAUUCUCUGAAGGCAUAUAAAGUCAGUUAAAAAUGAUGUUAUCACAUAAACAUACAAAUUAAAUUAUAUAUAAAUUGAAAAUAUAUAUAUAAAAUUGAAAAUUAUAUGUUACAAUUAAAUAUUUUGAAUUGAUAUCCAAGGUAGUUCUAUUGGCUAUGGUAUAGUUAAAUUAACCUUCACUAAAAAUUUUAAUAUUAGGCUUAUUUUUGUUGCAUAAACUGAACAAUUUUCCUUAUUUUAUUAUUUUUUUUUUUUAAAGAUAUAUUGUUAUAUCGAACAUAAACCAAACUAUUAUGUUGUCUCUUUUGGAGCAACAUAGCAUAUCUCAUUUAUUGAUGAAAUUGAGUUAGGCACACAAUUUUAUUCAAAAUAGCCCAGUGGUUUCAGUAAACAAAAAUUAAUUUAGAAAAUAAAAAAUUCUUUAGAUUCAAUUUUUUACCUUUUUUCUUUGACAUUUUGACCAUUUUAUAGGCAAAAAGUAAGGAGAAGGUAAAAAUAAAAAUAAUGUAUUUUUGCUCAGAGGUAUAUUCAAAUUUACGUAUGUUGUUUUACUCUUCUGAAAAGUUGAGAAUAUUGAGAUCCAUUAAGUUGGUUUUACAAUGACUAUAUGUUUUCAUAAGGAAGGAAAACAAAAAAAAUUAUGGCAGCAAAAAUAUUGUGAUUGCACUGCAUUGCUGUUAUUAGUAUUUACAAAUAUAUAAUAUCACACAUAUAAAACUGUUAAAUAUCAAUAUUUAUGUCUAAGUGAUGUAUAUAGGAGUUUCUAAUGUUAUAAACAAUUAAAUUUUUUUUUUAAAUGUUAUUGAAAAUUUAUUCUUCC